UGGACACAAAUAAAAAAAAGAGACAUCCCUAGAAACAUCUGGGGUUUCCUAUGGAAAUGCCUACAUGGCGCAUACAAGAUAGGUGAGUUCUGGGAUAAAAUCCCACACUGUGAGAUAAGGGGAAGAUGCUGCCUCUGCAACUCACCAGAAACCAUGGAACACAUCCUCCUUGAUUGCGACAAGUCCUCAGCCCAAAGAGUAAUCUGGAAGGCAGCCAAAGAUUUAUGGUGUAAAUGUGAAUCAAGCUGGCUGGAAAUAUGUUUCAGCACAAUACUAGGAUGUUAUCUAUUAAUAUUUCACAAUGCAGAAGGAAAAGAGAAACUGGGUGCAACCAGACUGUUCAGAAUACUAACACUGGAAUCAGCUCACCUUAUUUGGAAACUGAGGUGUGAAAGAGUCAUCAAACUUGCUGGUAACAAGGAUAAAUUCCAUUCUGAGACUGAAAUCCACAACAGAUGGAUUCAUGCUAUCAACAUGAGACUGAAAUUUGACUGGCUACUCACUGACUCAAUGAGAUAUGGGAAUAAAGCUAUUAAAAUAGAUACGGUCCUAAAGACCUGGAGUGGCCUCCUAAAAGACGAAGAUAACCUUCCGGAUAACUGGAUCUGA